AAGCUCUAUCAGGGAAGGGUCGAACUGGGUUCAUCCGGGCAUGACCCCUGCAGCUUCUCUGGAGGAAGGCAGUCUGCAGGAAGUUUGGGGGCGGUGGUGGUGGAGGGUUAGGUUAGCGCGAGUACAGCACGAGCAGCGGUACUGUGGUUUGUAGAGGGGGCUGGGCACCACUCACUCGAGGACUAAGUUCAGCUGACUUUUAAGAAAGUAUUUAUUUACACUAGGAGAAUCCUCCACACGAGGAGACCAGACGGAGAGAAGAUGUUACCUGGAGCACACCAAGGGAAGUCUGACGAGAGCGAGUUGUUUAAUUCUCUGAAAGCACACUUGAACAACAAGAACAGACUGCAGCCUUUCAUAGGCCUGAGCAGUAUAAUCGAGUGUGUUAAUGGAGGGGCACCCCAAAGAAAUGCAUUCUUCAUUUGUGAGGUGUGUGUGUGUCGCCUGGAUAUGGCAGACAUGCGGAAUCACAUUAUGGGAAGCCUCCAUAGAUACAAUUACAUUAAAACUAGACAGCCUGAACUGGUUUCAGAGUUGGGGGAAGACUCCUGUCUUUCAAAGUUAGCCUGGCCACUGAUGGAUAUUGCCAAAAAAAUUGAGGGAAAAGAAGGACCAGGAAACGUUCAGGUGGUAGAAUUUGACAAGACUUCAUACCAGCAGAUGGAAAGUCAGACUAAUGGUCUGUGCACUUUUUUGUUUUUUGAUGCAUGUUGGGUUUUUCUUAUUUGUAAUUUUAAAAUUUUUGUUUUGUUUUUUAACACCACAGCUGAGAAUGUCAUAGAUUUUUUAAGGGAUACCCUGAAGGAGACUGAAUCACAAAUCUCUGAAACGAUUACAGCCAAAAUAUGUGAACAGACUAAGUCCCCAUUGCAGCGAAUAGUCCUAUACAGUCCUCUGAAGAAGUCUUUACAGAAUUUAGCUCAGCACAGUAAUGUAUCUCAGAGCUUACCAAAGUCCUUAGUGGACAGCAGUUUUCUCAAUGACUAUGGAGAACAAACUCCCCUUAUUGGUCUUGUGAGGGUAAUCGAGUGUAAAAGUGAAGAUGGUCAGACGCACUGCUUUUUAUGCCACUGCUGCAGAGUCCGCUCCCAUAAAUCUGAUAUUAUUAGUCAUCUGACAAGCGCCUCCCAUAUCACAAAUUACCUGAUGGAAACUCAUCCAGAGCAGUUGGAUACGCUGGACUUAAAUGAUAGUUCUCAGGUGGAAUUACUGGCAGAAAAUUUGAAUAAAGAAGAAGGGGCAUACAAAUUAAAGGUGGUGCAAAUACCUGAAGUCCUCUGUAUUCAAAUGGCAGGCAAGAGUUACCACUGGUGUGUUAAAACACUUGGGUGGAACAAUUCUGAUUUCCCACUGAAAUGUAUUGCUGUUAAACGACAAAACGUGACCAAGUUCUCACAUCAAAAAGUUUCAAUGAAGGCUGAUCAGUUUCCACAAGGAAAAAAGAGGAAGCGAAAGACUAUUAAACAAAACAAGCCCGUGUUCAAGGUUACUCUGCCAAUCACUCAGGGCUCACUCCUUGUUGAGAGGACCUCCUUCAGCAAUGACAAUCUGCCUUUGUCAGUUAGACUUUCGCCUACUGACCAUGUGGGUCCAAGUCCUUUGUCUGAUUCGAGAUUUUCACCAGAUCCACUGGAUUUUACUUUGGACUCUUCGUCUGAGAUUUUUGACAGUACUUCAGAGAACAAUGAUCUCAGUUUACAAUAUCAACUAAAUUCACCAACUGACUACCCUGAGCAGGCAAAUGACCCCAUCAAACAAGAGCUGGAUGAACAAUGGACUGAUUCAUUUGAGGACCAAAAUGUUAAAAAAAUAAACAUUGACUCAAACGCUGAAUAUGUACAAAAAAUAUAUGCACCUAAACCAUUUAAUGCCCAAACUUCUACUCUAUCCCAUAGUGAAUACUUACCCCACAGCUUUCCAUGGUUAGUUGGGACACAAGAGAUUGCACCUCCUUAUUACCAGCAACCACCUCAGUACAUGGCCCCAGGAUCGUUUCCUCAGCAGAAUAUGUUCUCCUUGGGGCAAGUCCAGGGUGGUUGCAGGGUGGGUCCACAGAAACCUCAUGCAGGUAAUUCUUUUUCCCAUAAUAACAGCAUCACACUCCCUCAUGGCAGCCACUCUUAUUCCAGUUAUUAUACUGAACAUGGAGGAAACAGCCACCAGUAUGCUUCAUAUCAGGUCAGCAGCUCUGGCUGGGGAACAUACCAGUCACAAUCAAAUGAAAUGACUCAGUGUUAUGGCCCCUGUUGUGUUCCUCAUUAUCCAGGGGUUCCUUUUCCAAAUUCUGAUGCUGAAAUGACAUCUUCCAAUGCUAUAUAUUACCCUGUGUCAAAUUUCUACUCCAGUCACAGGUCCCCAUACUAACAGUGAGUUUUACAAUGAGUUCUUACUGGGAAAUUUAAUCAAAAUUGUGAUACAAAUUAACUUUUUGUCCACUUUAAAUAUUAGUUCAGUGUGAAGCUGUGAAGUAGACUACCCCUUGUGACAGAUUAUGACUCGUUUCAAUACACUGUACAAACGUGAAUGUAAUUAUGUUAUGCUUAAUCAGCUAAAAAACAGUAAGACUUUUUUUUCUUUACCCUUCCCUGUUUUUGGUUUACAUUCAAUGUUAAAAUGCAAAUGCAACGGUAUCUGUUUAGUACAAGUGAUUGCAUUCAUGUAAAGGGAGUAUGUUACGUUCAGUAUGCUGUCUUGUCUGUUCUGUAUUAUAUAAUAAAUAACGUACUAAAUAA